UAACCAAAAGUUAUCCAGUCUAAGAUAAUGUGUGAGUGAGUAUAUUUACGUUGGCUUGGUUCACUGACUUAUGUUAAGUUGCACUCAAACCCUUUUUCUGGGUGAUUUUCCAGAAAAACUUUAAGGCAUUUGGGGUUAGUGAGGUAACUUCGGGUUUAACUGUGUUUUCAGUCUUACAGUGGUGGCUGGUGAUUGGUGAUCCGGCUCAGGUUAACUACAGAGGAUCUACUGACCAGUCAGAUCACUGGAAAACCAGAGUCAUCGUUCCUGCGGGAUCCCAACAUGAACAAAGGAGUUUACAAUAAGAUGACAAAAAAUAGAGAGCAACAGGUCAGUGGAAUCGUCUUGCUUUUAAGUCCUUCCAUCUAUCCACUCUGGUGCUGCUUUAUUUUAAUUACAUUUUCUUGUAUCCCAGCACAGUUCCUGACAGUGUUAAUGCUUAUAUAUAUAUACUAGGCUGACCUUUAUCAGCUUGCGCUGGGUAAUCAAAUUCCUUCUAGCCUUGUGACCUCAAAACUAUCAAGUCGACGUCUGUCGGAUAGAGCUAGUCAGUCAGUCAUACCAAACCGGCACACGGAAAGAUUUAACAACGUUUUUUUAGUUCUUGUAAAUAAAACUUUAAUACAUUUGUUGUAUUAUUUAAUCCUCCCAGUAAACAUCCAAUCCGAUAUACAUAUCAGGCGCGCGCACUUUACGCACGGGAUAAUUAUGGUGUCUUUUUUGGAACGAAAGACCAUCAUUAUCCAAACAUAGGCGUCCGGAAAUUAUGUAGGUCGAUGACAUUGUGUGUUUGGAUGCCGAAAGAGAGCUGGAUCUGGGCUUUGGUGUGUGUGUGUGUGUGUGUGUGAGAGAGAGAGAGAGAGAGAGAGAGAGAGAGAGAGAUCUAAGAACAUGGAAAAAGGCGUCCGUCAGUAUUGGAGGGGGUCCUGAAACGUCACAUCCAAGGGCGCUUGAGGAGCUUGUUAAGGUCUGCGCACCACAGAGAAGGAACAACCCGCGGUGCCUUCACUGAUCACUGGACCACAGACUUUCACUACUGAUUACAAGUGUGCAGUAGUGCAGGAUUUUAACCAUGAAGCGCGGACUCUGCGGACUGCCACUUAUUCACCUUUUAAUAGCUUUUCCUCUUAUAAGUGGAUCACCUUUCCAAUACAGCAUGUUCCAGAACAACGCACAUUCUGGCACCGAAACACGACAGAGGAAUAAAAACUGGUGCGCCUAUGUGGUGCACAAGAACGUGAGCUGCGCCGUCGUGGGAGGUACGGAGAGUUUCGUGCAACCGGAGGUUUUACCGUGUCCACCGGAGCUGCCAAACUGUGCGCAACAAGUGAUAUAUCAGACACACUUCCGACCCACGUACAAGAUCGCAUACAAGACUGUAACAGAGCUGGAGUGGAGGUGCUGCCCAGGGUACCAGGGCCAUGACUGCAGGGAGGUGAAAGACCUAAGGCUACUCCAAGUAGACCGUUUGCCUCAUGCGCCCUCUGUUGCUGAACAUAAUCCAGUCCCACAAGCUCCACAACAGCGAACAGAGGGCCAGAGAAACCAUCCAUGGGGAGGGGAAGAGCAGUUCAGAGGCCAGACAGGUCACAGGCCACUGGGGGGUCACGGAGGAUCUCAAAGUCCACAACACCUGGAGGAGGAGGUGCAGCGACUGUCCCAGAUGGUCCUUGAUAUGCAGGCAAGAAUGACAGACAUGUCCUCCAAUCUGAGACUGGAUUUCCAGGAGGAUGCCAGUAAAAUGCUUGUUACACUGAUGAAUAAUUUCAGACAGCCUGCAAGUGCACGAGGCGCAGAAACCCAAACAAUUCAAAUGCCGGACUUCUCUUUUAACCAUGAGGACAACACCUAUGGUGAAGUUAUGAACAAGAUCAGCCAGGUCACAGAUGAUCUGGAGUCCAAGACUAACACCCUGGAUGAGCUGCUGGGCCGCGUCAACCGUCAUGAUGGACAGAUUCGUCUGCUAAUGGAGGCUGCCCACAGCCCACUGUCCACACCUGCUCCUGCUCCCCCUUCUAGUGACACAGACCUGCGUACCUACCUGGAUGAUAAAAUCCGCGCUCUGAGAGAGGAAUUGAUGGAGGGCAUGGAGAUCAAACUAGCAGAUUUGAAGAACUCAUGCGAUUAUAAAAUCAUGUCAGUUCAGGAGCAGUGUGAGGGACAAGAGGUCAAUUACCUCAGCCUGGCUGAGCUCAUGGACACAAAGGAAACUGACCUGCGCAAUGAGAUCCAGGACCUUAAGACCAAACUGGUUGAUCCAGGAAAGGAAGGCGCUCAGGUGUCUGACUCUGUUCUUUCUCGUGUGGAAAACCUUGAGAUCCGACUGAACUCAUCUGAAAAGACUGUGGCGGGGCAGUGCCUCUCUGUGGAGGAGAAACUGAACAAAGAACAGGCAGAGGCCAUAAAAGGCCUGAGGGAGAAUCUGGAGGACAAGCUGGCAUCCAUGGAAGAUAGACUCACCACUCUGUUGGUAGAUACAAGCACCAACUCCCAAUCUGGGGUUCAGCCAGAGAGUCAGGACACGCUGCAGAGUGAUGUUAACUCUCUAAAAGGCUCUGUCCAAACUCUGGAGGACAGAUUCAAUGUCUUGGACCAGCGGUGCUCAAAGGAGCUCAAGGCUAAUUUAACUGUUGUAGAAAACCUUCAACAAGACUUCCAGAGCUGCAGAACUGCUAUAAGUGAUAUGGAGACUAGUCUAAAGACCCAGAUAAAUGGUCUUGGAGCCAUGGAGGGGCAACUUCUCAACUAUAGCAGUAGCUUUGAGAAUGUACACGGUGAACUGAGCUCCAUUAAAGGCCGCAUGGGCAGAUUGGAGGACUCGCUAUCAGAUGUUGUCCAUCAGCAGUCUCACACCUUGCAGAGCCUCAACUCCACCUGGGGUCAAGUCAAAAAAGGGGCUGAGCAGGAGGCCAAGGAGCUUUUGGAGCUCCAUAGAAUGCAGCAUCAGGAGCUGAGACAGCAGCUGGACGAGCUGGGCAGGGAGGUGAAAGCCGAGGCCAACCAGUGCAGGGAAAAAACCGAAGAUGUCGGGAAGGAGAUUGCCCACAUGGACAGCCGCAUUGUCAGUGUGGAGAGUUUAUGCGCCAAGCUGGAUCCUAUCUCCAGCAGCCUUCAGAGGAUCAAAGAGGGGCUGAAUAAACACGUCACUGGGCUGUGGACUUGUAUUAACCAGCUGAAUGGCACCGUUAGAGCUCAUGCCCAAGAUAUCAGAAGACUGAGGGGAACUUCCCAGAACCUCCAGAACCACGUCGCUAACAUAGCCAGAGACCACCAGGUGCUAACGGACAGCGGUGAUGGGAAGACAGGUGUUCAGGUUGUAGUGGAGGACACAGGACUUCCCCAGGGUUCGAGUAAGAGCCUCACAAUGCCAGUUGGCUCCGUGGACGCCUCUCUCCCUCAGCCACCUGUGAUGGAAACUGGGGAGGCGGGCCCCCCCGGCAGGAUGACCCCGUCCAAGUUGCCCAAGGGGACCGACGGCAGCAUGAUGCCUAUUCAGGGCUUUGCUGGAGCUCCAGCUUCUCCAGUCAAAUCCACCGAUUCGCUAAAGACCAGCAUGCCUCUCAUCUCAGACAUCAACACGCCCCACGGACCAUCACCACAGAAACCUGCCAUGGCUUUAGAUGAGAAGGUGUCAUUCUCAGCCGGUCUGACUCUAUCUCCGUUCCAAGGAGAGGUUGGAAUCAUUCGAUUCAACAAGGUGUUGGUCAAUGAUGGAGGACACUACGACCCUCAUACAGGUAUCUUCACAGCUCCCACAGAUGGCCGCUACCUGGUGAGCGCAGUUCUCGCAGCCCAGCGAGGUGAAAAGGUCGAGGCGGUCCUCUCCGUGACCAACCGCAGCAUCCAGAGGCUGGACUCCACAGGCUUCUUGUCUGGAGCAGCGGCAGCACCGGCGUCACACGAACUGUGUAACUGUAGCAGCUCAACCUCACUGAGCCUGGUUCUCUCACUGAAGCGGGGAGACCGAGUAGGACUCGUCAUGAUGGCCGGUAAGCUCGCCAUCUCAGCCUCCCCAGAGAUCCUGUCGUCUUUCAGCGCUGUGCUUCUUUACUCCAGCCCAUCAAAACGGUAGCCCUGCUACUUUCAGAGACGACUGAUACCUUAUAUAAGCCGUAAGUAGAAUAUGGUGUGCAUUACUGUGGAUACACUAUGGCAUGUGUGAAAUUUUAUUACCAGAGAAGGGAAAGACAAUCUAUUUACCAAAAACACAACAAGGAAAAAAUACAGUCACCAAAUAAUAAGAUAUUAUUUAAGUACUAAUGAGUACUAAUAUAUAGUGUGUUUAUAAUAGUUAUUUUUUAUUGUGAAGGUUUACAACCUAGAUCUACCAAAUACAUAUUCAGCUUCAACAUUUAAUUGUUGUUUCUUUGUUAAUAUAAGAACACAAAGUGCCUUGUGCCUGUAAUGACUGAUGUUAAUGGAUUGUUGGUGCUAAAAUUUAAAUUCCUGUUGAUCCAGUUUGUUCAUUACAGGGCUGAAAUUAGAACUUAAAACAUCCUACAAUUCAUACCAGUUUUCUUUAUAGCUUAACUCUGAUACAGACAUCUGACAUUAGUGUUAUUGGUCCUGCCUGUGACAGGCUCCUUGCCUGUUUGGUGCUAAACUGUCAAUGUGCAAAAUAAGCUUUAAUUGUUUUUUCCUAACCCAGUGUUUGCUUUUAUUAAAGCACCAUCCAACAAAGGA